AUUAUAUGUCAUAUAUAAUAUUUGGAAACAUUAAUUAUGUAUAAAUAAAUGAAAUCCAUUAAGUACUUUAUUCAGAUUUCCAUAAAUGUUUAUUCAAAUUUAUUUUCUUUUCAUUUAUAAACGCUUCAUAUAUAAACUUUUUGUAUUUAUAAACACUAUGCAAAAUGAUAAAAACCAGUUUUAUAGUAACUAGUACAUGUCAAUGUGGAGAAGUUAUUUAACAUAACAAUGCUUUUAGCCAAGGCCAUAACAAAUGUAUAAAUAUAAUUAUAUAGUUUAUUAUUUAUUUAUAUCAAGUAUCCCCACCUCUAUUCCUCUGAAAAAAGUCAUUGAUUUUAAACAGUAAAAGACUUAAACUCUGAUCAGGUUUUUGUAAAGUGUUUGUACAAGCCUGUCUGUUACUUUAAUUUCCUAAAGUAACAGACAUACACCAGCAACAACUGACCUGACGUUAUAUAGUAGCUGACUGGUAAGCCCACUUGGCUUACAAGUCAGAUUGAUAGGUAAGGCCGUUAUCACAGAAGCAAACAUGAGAUAACAGAGUGACAUUGGCUUCCAUAUCUUUUAACGACAGCCUGGCUGUAAACUUAUCAUUAGACUCCACAAUGGAUAUCUUAUAAUGGGACUCUAGUGCUGAAACUCCACACACUACUCCUGAUAACCUGCAAUGGAAGAAGAACUAGAAGACAGAGGAGCUAAUAAGAUAUUUUGUUGUGACCUCCCUAGGAAAAAGCAAUGGGUGUGGCUGUACACGUUAGUUCCCAGUGUUCUCAGUUUCCUCCUGCAUCUUGCAUCUCUCCUGGUCGAUAGCUCUCUGGCUCUCCAGUUGGCCUUUGUUGAGGAUCUACAACAACUCGCCAUCCUCACCUUUGCCUUUCUCUAUGUUCCCGUCGUGUUCACCCUGGUGCUCCAACCCCUCCCGUUCCCGCAGACUAUCUCGUGUGGCUCUCUAGCCUGGUGGACACUCAGGCUUGCCAUCUACUUUGUGUUCUACCCACUACUUAUCUCACUCAGUUUGCUGAAGCGCCUCUUCUGGAUCGUACAAGCACUUCAAGCCCAAAAACCUUCAAAAGAAAUCCUUAUGGAGUACGAUACAGUUUUGUCUAAAGAUGAACACAGCUAUAUCUUCCUUCAAGCUUUUCUGCAGUGUGCUCCUCAAGCUAUUCUACAAAUACAUUUCAUGCUUCUUAAAAUACCAACCGACUUAAGAACAGAUUAUCUCCAAGCCACAAGUGUGGUCGUGUCACUGGUCACCUUGGCCUACUGCAUAGCAUCAUACCACCGCUACGAGGCCCAGGUUGUGGGUGGCCGACCCUCUGUGCUGCUCCUGAACCCUCCAGAGCUGACCUCGGGUACUCACGACACUGCACUGCCUCUGCUACCCAUUCGCUUUUGCCUCCGUAGCAAGAUCAUCGCACUACAGUUGGACUCCUUGGAGGGAAAGGUGGUUCUAUUUUUGUCUUGGCUGCUGUUAAUAUCUGGCAGAUUACUGUGUCUAGUUAUAUCAGAGAAAAUGCAUGAAAAAGCUACAAUGAUUACUUUAUUUGUCCACAUUUGUUUGAUACUGCUUUAUAUGUUUUCUUCACAAACAACUACACUCUUUGACAUACCAUCUCGGCUUAUCAAUGCUAUCUUUUCAAUUGUAGCACUUGUCGAAGUCUCUGUGAGAUUUCACAAAGUUCCACUAUUGUAUUUUCUAUUUUUUAUUUGUAUAUUUGUAGAAGAUACUUACCUGUUGAUUUUAUUUUAUGUCUAUAGCAAACACUUGUGUUCUGACCGCGGUUUUGACUGUGACUCAUUUGGGAUUUACGCCUAUUUAAUUAUAAAUUCCCAUGUCUUAGGAAUAAUUAUGUUUGGAUUUUACCUGGCUCGACUUCGACCUCAAAGGAAGUCAGUGGUCUCGAUGCCUCCAGCAGAAAACCUAGUGCCCAUUUAAAUACUACAUACUUAUGUAAACAAAGUUCCUAAUUGUUAAUAAAGUAUAAGAUUCUUGUUAAA